GCCGCGGCCUACAACGUCAUCAGACGAACGCGGGGGUGAGGAACGCCACCAGCAGGCGCCGGCGCUUCCGACACUCAUCCUAUUUGCCUCAGGUCGCCGGACCGAACACACGCGGCCGCGAUCUAUUUUUCAUACAAUUUUCUCAUACCUAUUGUAAUACCUAGCCAUUAAAGGCUAAGUUGUAUAUAAAAUCUUCGUUUCAUUUAUUUAACCUUAUGUGCGCUCGCACAUAAUUUAGCGCCCCCGGGUGGGCUCCGCGCCGCGAAAACGCCGUGAUACGCCGUGAUACGCCACGAUACGCCACGUGUCGCCGACCCGGCUACAGACUUCCAGCCAAGAACCUGCCUUCCCAACUACACCCAGAAGCUCGUCUAUCGUGCCAAGGACUACAGCGAUCAAGAAUACGACGGGAACCUGGGCGAGUUAGCUACCACGAGAAGAAAUUCAAGGUUCAAGGUCGACCGGCCCGUGGACACUGCGCAGCACGCUUGGAUCCUCCUUACAAGGAGAGUGCCGUGAGCUUACCCAUCUUUUCCUUCUUCUUUCCCCCUCAGUUUGAGCAUUUAAGGGCGAUAGCAUCUCAUCAUAACGUGUGUGCGCUUAGCAUAUACCUAGUACCUACAACUUAAUAGGUAUAUCCUUCUUACAUCAUUUGUGACCAUCCUAAUUGAUUAUUACAUCUUAUUUCAUUGUAAACGUACAUUUCCAAUUGUUUUUUUAUGCAUUUAACGCUACUUUGCUUCUUAAGCUGUUUGCACCGCACAUGUGCUUAAUGGCAGCUCUUCUUUGAAAAGUAGCUACAUCGUGUUUAAUCUGCACUUUCUUACAGCAUCCCUCAAUUUAAAUAGCAAUUAAUUGCACCGUACGUAAACAUCUGCUUGGCCACCUAUUUAUUUUUGCGCAAAUAUUUUCCUUAUAAUACUUCUUAUCUAAGAUACCUAUUUUCUGCCUGCCAAUUCUACGCCGUCUUUCUAGCACACUUUCCUCUUAUUUUAAUUUUAAAUUCAUAAAAUACCUAAAGUCUUGCAUUUACCUAUUUACAGUAUUUACUUCAUUUCAAUUGCACAAAUCCCUCUUUCGCAUUUCGCCACUUGCUUACGCUCGCAUUCCAAUAUUUUCUUCAUACGCAUUUCAGCAAAUUACUGCCCCGGGAACGAACCCACUUCGAAGAUACCUACCGAGUGUAUCUCAUCACCGCGCGCGCAACCGGUGCAGCGCUCUGCCGCCAGCUGGCCGGCCGCAUUCCACAGCGAGAUAACGAUAAGGAGCGUAAGCCGUUUUUUGCAAUUUUAGUAAUCAUAACAUCUGGCAAUAAUUUAUUCAACUUGUUUACUUAUUUCAUUGCGGUUACAAGUUAAUUCAUUGAUUACACACUUGUUGUUGUUUAUUGUUUAUAAUUGCAUUUAAAUAUGACUAAAGAUACCGUACCGGUACCGGCCUCGCCACUGUCCCUUACGAUACCUCAACUAGCCACUGAGACCCUCGAUGUUCUCAAGGUCAAAAGGAGUUCAGUAAAGGGACAGAUAACCAAAUUCUCUAGGUAUUUGGAUAAUUUUGAUAGGGAUGCGGAAUUAACUUCUAUUCAAAUCAAUGAAUUGACUUUAAAGUUGAAUAAAUUCUUGGAACUUAGUAACAGAUUUGAGGUCAUGCAAACUCGCAUAGAGGUCCUGAAUGAGGGCAAUCUCGCUGAUGAGCUUGCCGAGAGGGACAGUAUUGAGGAAAGUCUUCAUCUGGCCAUCGCCACAGCUCAAUCCAUUAUUGAGGUAAGUAAACCUAAGGACAAUUUUCAUGACGCCGACCAAGAUUCAUCUUCAAAUUCAAAUUCCAACUCACACAGGUGUCAUGAUCAUGACUCUUUAGGUUUUAAAUUACCGUUAAUUCAAAUUCAUAAAUUUGAUGGAACCUUCUUUAAAUGGCUUGAAUUCCGAGAUACCUACGAGUCACUCAUUCAUAAAAAUGACCGAAUCAAACCGAUACAUAAAUUUCAUUAUUUAGCAUCAUACCUUGAAGGUGAAGCGGCACGCGUCAUUUCCAAUCUAGAAGUGUCAGCUGACAACUAUAAUGAAGCAUGGCACCUUCUGUGCGAUCGAUAUAAUAAUAAUCGUCAAUUGAUAACGAAUCAUCUCAAUUCUUUAUUUAGCAUUGAACCUUUGCAACGCGAAUCAGACAAGGCACUUAGGUAUCUUGGUGAUCACGUGACCAAAAACUUGCGGGCGUUGAAGACGCUCGGCCAGCCUACCGAUCAGUGGGAUACUAUCAUCAUUCAUAUGGUUACAACUAAAUUGGACCAAGCUACACGUACAAAAUGGGAAGAACAUCGUAACAAUUUAGUCGAAUUGCCCUCAUUAGACGAAUUUAAAAAAUUCUUGAAAUCUCGAGCUGACAUUUUAGAAUCUUUGUAUAGAUCUAAAAGGGAUAAACAAAUUAAGCCUCAAAUUAAAUCAGACAUGCCUCAAACGAAAUCCUUUGCCAUUUCAGCUAGCGAAAAGAAAACGAGGCCGUGCGUCGUUUGCCAGGGGCAGCAUCGCAUCUUUGACUGCAAGGUCUUCAGCAGCCUGUCUACCGACGAGAAGUGGGCCCAGGCUGCAAAGCUCAAGCUCUGCUUGAACUGCUUGCGCCCGGAUCACGACACGGCGCGCUGCCGCCUGGGAGGAUGUCGCGUAUGCCACUGACGUCGCUUCCGGCCCCGGACCUGACAGAAGCUAACACCCGAAACCUGGACCGCUACAAUCGUCUGGAGCAGAUAAGGCAGCAUUUUUGGAAACGCUGGCAGUCCGAGUACGUCAUGGAGCUGCA